AUGCCUGGCUCCCAGCUGAAGAGGCUAAAGGCCUCCCUCAAGGAUCAGGGGAUCAUUGGCGCGCAGAAGUCGAAGAAGCAGAAGCGCCAGAUCGCCCAGGACGCAAAGGGGACAAGCGACAAGCGCCUUCUACGGUCCGAGGCCCUGGAAAGCAUCCGCGAGCAAUUCAACCCCUUCCAGUUCAAGACAAACGCCCGCGGCCCCAAAUUCGAUGUCACCACCCUCCGCCCCGCGAACGACAGGGCCUCUAAGGGCAUUCAUGGCCGGCCUGGUGUGGCCAAGGGCAAGGGCGAGGAGAGGCGGCGUGAGACUCUCCUCGUCGAGAUGCAGCGGCGCAACAAGGUCGGCGGAAUUAUCGAUAGGCGAUUUGGCGAGAGCGACCCUUCCAUGUCGCUCGAGGACAAGAUGAUCGAGAGAUUCACCCGCGAGCAGCAGAGGAGCCACAAGAAGAACUCCAUGUUCGAUCUGGAGGACGAGGACGAGGAAGGUACCGAAGAGCUCACCCAUAUGGGCAAGGCUCUCAAACUCCGCGGCAACGAGCUUUUAAUGGACGACUUUGAUGGCGAGGAUCUGCCAUCAAACGACGAUUCCGACGAUGGGAUGCAUCCCGACAGGAAAUCGCUAAAGCGCCGACGGCCGCGCGGUGACGACGAUGGCGAUGACGACGACGCAGACGAGGAUGCUAAACAGCCGGAGAAGAAAAAGACAAGCAAGGAAAUCUACGAGGAGGUCAUUGCAAAGUCAAAGUCUCACAAAUAUGAACGACAAGCUGCCAAGGAAGAGGAUGAAGACAUAAUAAUGGAGCUUAACAAGUCCCUACCAGAGCUACAAUCAUUGCUUUUCCAAAGGCAAAAACCAGCUGCAAAGGACGGAAAUGACGAAAGGCCCUCAGCUACCAUCGCAGGGAUGGACAAAUCUAUCGUUAACAAGGACUACGAUCUCCGGGUGAGGCUCCUCGCCACGGACAAGCGAGCUCAGCCUGCCGAGCGAACGCAGACGGAGGAGGAGAAGGCAGAAGAAGCGGCGAAGAGACUUAAGGAGUUGGAGGAGAAGCGGCUUAAGCGGAUGCGCGGUCAAUGGGUCUCUGACGACGAGGAUGAGGACCGCGGCGACAUAGUAAAGAAGCAACUUGCUGCUGCUGAUGAGCCGGUGUUUGAUCCGUUCAAGAGCGGCGACGACGACGAGUUCGGUCUUGGAAAGGGCAUAAAAUUACGCCCGACCGCCGCCGAGUUGGGAUUCGACGACGAAGACGACUUCCUCAUUGAUGAUGACCUAGUCACAAGCGGCUCCGACAUUGAGCUAGAGGAGAGCGACGAUAUGGAGGACGACGAAGAAAGCGACGACGAGCAAGAUUUUGAUCCCGAUGACGACGAGUUUGUAAAGGGGCUCCUGACCGCGGUCGAGUCAAAAGACUCUGUUUUCCAGGCGUCGUCCAAGGAGCAAGGAGACGACAAAGAUGGAGUCCCCUAUACCUUCAACUGCCCCCAGACUCUCGCUGAGAUGGUUGAAACUUUCAAGGGCGUCGACAUGACCAAACUUCCGGUGGCUGUCCAGCGGAUCAGAGCCCUUUAUCAUCCGAAAUUGGACAGCGGAAACAAGGAGAGCCUCGGUAAUUUCUCGCAAGCCCUGAUUCAAUAUGUCGCCUACCUAGGCGACAAUCUUGAAUCAGGCUGGUUUCCUACUUUGGAGAAUCUGAGCCGCCACAUUCACUCCUUGGCCAAAACCUUCCCGAUCGAAGUGGCUAAGGGCUACCGAGCACACAUCCAGGACAUUGGGGAUAACAGACCCCUGGCACUUACAGUCGGGGAUUUGGUCAUCUUCACGGCAAUUGGAACAACGUUUCCUACCUCCGACCACUUCCACCAAGUAGCCACUCCUGCAAUUCUCACCAUCGCCCGCUUUCUCGGCCAGAAAAUACCCCAAUCUCUUGCCGACUACGCCACGGGCACCUACCUGUCAAUCCUCGCUCUCCAGUAUCAGCAGCUCUCCAAGCGUUACGUGCCGGAACUGAUGAAUUUCUGCCUGAACACCCUCUGUUCUCUUGCCCACCAGAGACCCCAGGAGAACCUAGGGCUCUUCCCAUUGCACGAGCCAGCCACGGGGAUCCGGAUCAAGGGUGCCAGAGAGACGACAGCGCCUACUGAGAGUGAAGCAAACUCGCUGAAAGUUGCCAUUAUCAGCACCACCGCUGCCGUCCUCAAGGCAGCCGCUGAGACGUGGUGCAGCGUUCCUGCCUUCUACGAGACCUUCCAGCCCGCCGCACGUGUCCUCCAACACCUGACAUCAAAGGCCAACAGUGCCCACCUGCCUGCGGCUCUCGUCAGCAAGCUCGCCGACACUACGAGCAGCCUCGCCCGCCUCCUGCAGCUGGCCAAUAUCUCGCGCCGGCCGCUCGAGCUGCACCACCACCGCCCCUCGGCGAUCCGCACCUACGUGCCCAAGUUCGAGGACUCGUUCGACCCCAACAAACACUACGACCCCGACCGCGAGCGUGCCGAGGGUGCCAAGCUCCGCGCCGAGCACAAGCGCGAGCGCAAGGGCGCCAUGCGCGAGCUGCGCAAGGACGCCUCGUUCAUGGCCCGCGAGAACCUCCGCGUCAAGAAGGAGAAGGACGAGGCCUACGAGAAGAAGUACAAGCGUCUCGUGGCCGAGAUCCAGGGCUCGGAAGGCCAGGCCGCCAACCAGUACGAGAGGGAGAAGGCGGCGCGGCAGAAGAAGAACGCGAAAGCCCGGGGGGGCCGGUGA